AUGCCGGUGGAAGACGUGCGGGCGCUGGCGAAGGGGCGCGUGUACUCGGGGCGGCAGGCGCUAGAGAUCGGCCUGGUGGACGAGAUCGGCGGCGUGGGUCGCGCCAUAGAGGUGGCCAGGGCGGCCGCGGGGCUGCCCCCGGAGCCGGCGGCCAGCCAGCUGCUGGAGUGGCCGCCCCGCAAGAUCCCCCCGGCGCUGGCGCUGCUGAGGAGCUCGGGUGAGUGGUGCGACAGCGCUGCUAUUCUUUGA